UAUUAAAUGUGACGGAUGCCAAGAGGCUUGGCUCCCUUUAUUCCUGAUCUUGGCGUAUAAUGUAUAGUACAUGAGAAUAUGAGAAGAUAUAUGUAGACUAAUUUGGGGUACUUGGUGGCGUUGGAGGUCAUGUUAAACAUAUACGUUUUGUGUCAAAUCAAAAAAUAGUGAUGACGGCAGAACGGGUGGUACCAAAAACAAAUAGUGCGGGAUUUGAAUCAAACACCAGGUUGCUUUUGCACUUGAUGCGUGGAAACCGUCGUGUACGACUUCUCAAAAUGAGCAACUUCCCUUCGGGCUGGUUUUUCAUUCAAUCAAAAUGUUCUCACCAAAUGGUUCUUGAUGUCGCUUGGGACUCGCUCAAGACGGCUGCCAAGAUUGUAGUAUGGCCAAAGAAAGAAGUCGAUAACGAUAAUCAACUUUGGAUGUAUGAUCAUGGAUACCUCAUUAACAAAAACUCUGGCCUUGUGCUUGAUAUCCAGGGAGGUGUCCUCGAGAACGAUAAACAGGUUAUUCAGUAUAAGCGAAAAAUGAUCGAGGACGCGCAAAACCAGAGAUGGUACUACCGCGAGGAUGGAUUCAUUUAUCCACAAGUCAAUCCAAACCUUGUGCUGGAUAUCCGAGGAAACUGGACCAAACCAGGAACAGUAGUAUUGCUUUACAAUCGCAAAUACAGUGACAAUGAGAACCAGUUGUGGGACCUGAUUCCGUACAACGAAAAUAAUGGAUCUGGUACACCAGUUAGUGGAGAAACGCCCGGAUCGGAAGAUGGUGAUUACUCGUUCAGCACGGCAAGCUACGCGCUCUGAAAAGGAGAUCAGCACUGAUCAUAUUGUAUUUUACCCGUUGUUUUGAUUUUGAAACGAAUAUAUGCGCACAUACAACGUAUGUCACAUCAAACUUAUGACCAAUGCUUUUGCUUUUCCAUUCAGCAUUCCCUUUCUCCCACUCCUUUAUUGUUCUUUCUCAUUAGCAAUCAGCAAAAUAAAUUUAACUACUUAUACGAUCGGAACCAAUAACCAAUAGGUUUUGCAGGACCGACUCGCGUGUAUAUGUAACGUAUGUGCGCAAAAAAAAUAAAAGAAGGUUGCGUAUAUGUACAGCGCUUAUUUCUAUGGAUAAGGACAGUAGAUGAGAAAGGGAUCAGCGAG